GUCAGGCUUGAGCUUAUUGAAAAAAUGCAAGAUAAUUUUGAUAAGUCUCAAACAGCUGUCGAAAGGCUCAAUCUACUAGAGCUGGCUAGUGAUGUGCGUGCAAAAUUUCUAAACAUUUAUUGUGCGGUGAAAUCCAAAAUCUCUCGCGAACUAGCAAAACUCCGCCGAGUGUCAGUGAUAAAUUCGACUGCACUCCCAAAUUUCAACAUCGAGCAGGCUUCAACCUCCAGGGCUGGUGUUCGGGCCACUAGGCUGCCUGAGUUUAAGCUGCCACGAUUUGGAGGCGCUUAUAUGGACUGGCCAGAUUUCUACGCUAUGUACACUACAGUCAUCGGCAACAACGAGGACCUGACCAAUUUGGAAAAAUUCCAGCAUCUACGCUCCUGUUUGGAUGGCCCCGCAUUAGACACAAUUCGCUCGCUGGAGCCAACAGAGGCCAAUUAUGAGAAGGCAGUCGACCUAUUGACUGCUAGGUUUGAUAACAAACUUUUGCAUUUUCAGGGGCACAUACGAUCUAUUUACAGGCUUUCUAGUGUGGUGAAAGGGUCGGCAAGGAGUUUGCGGCAAUUGAGCGACGGCAUCAACUCUCAUCUGCGAGCCCUUAACACAAUGGCAACCACCCAGGAGAUUGCGGAUGGAAUGCUCAUAUCCCUGGUGUCCUCCAAACUGGAUCAACAUACUCAGGAGAAGUGGGAAGAGGGAUUGCCUACCAAUAAGCUGCUAAAAUGGACGGAUAUGGCUGCCUUUUUGGAGAAGAGAUGUCGGAUGAUGGAAAACAUUGAAAAUGCUAUGGUAACCCACACACCUAGCAACCAGAAAACCAUAACGAUUUGGAUGUCCUUACACCUGGUCACUUUUUGAUUGGGUCUUCUUUCGCCACAAUCGAGGAGCCCGACAUCACGCACCUCAGCAUCGAUCGGCUGAGCCGCUGGCAACGAGUUUGCCAAAUUCAGCAAAUCAUCUGGCGGAAGUGGAGUACCAGCUACCUCUCGCUUUUACAAGAACGUGGAAAAUGGCGUGCAUCAAGGCCCAACAUCCUACCGCAUAGCAUUGUGGUGCUCAAGGAGGACAACAUCCCUCCGCUUCAAUGGCGUCUUGGCAGAGUGGAGAGCAUUAUCCAUGGAGCUGACGGUGUGGCCCGUGUCGCUGUCAUUCGGACAGCCACUGGCCUAAUAAAAAGGGCUGUUGGCAAAAUAGCUGUUCUACCCCUGGAAACCACCUCAUCUGGCAGCGUGCCGCAUCCAGCGGGGGGAGCAUGUCGGGAGCAGAAGCAGCAGAUUUAAUAUUAAAUGUUUUAAAUCAUUAUUUGUAAACAAGCGAUCAGCUGCGGCAGAAGCUUUCCACCUCAUAAGCCGGCAUGAAAGCUCUUCCGCCGCAGCUCUUCUGUUUGGCUUAUCUAUUCUCUCGAUUCAUUCGCUCAUUU